UAAACAAGUCGGCAGUAAAGUUUCACUUCACUGUGAACACGAAAAUCUUUGUAGGGUUGAGUGAGUUGCGCUGUCGAGCUACUGUCUUUUUGCAUAUGAGUUUACGUUGGUUCUUUUUUUUUCUGUUAUUUAUAAAAAAUGUGACCGGUGUUCAAGAGCCGGAUGCUCUUUGGUUUUCUUUGGUUUUUGCUUUUUGCUUUUUACUCAUUUUUAGUAUUUAAAAUUGCCCUCUCCCAUGGCUCGUUCUCGCUCACCCGAAAGACGUAGUAGACACCGAUCUUCAGACAGAAGCCAUAGACAUCGCUCUCGUAGUGAAGACAGAAGUGAUAGAAAGAAAAGACAUCGUGAUCGCUCCGCCUCACCCGAAGAUAGAUCUAGCCGUCAUAAGCACAAGAAAGAAAAGAAGCAUAAGAAGGAAAAGAAAUACAAAAGUAGAUAUAGCGAAGGAGAAGACGAUGAAGCUGAAGAAAAGAAACGAGCAGCCUCUGCUGUCGAAGCCUUGGGUUAUUCCAACGUAAACAACCCUUUCAACGAUGUCAAUCUGGAAUCCAAGUUUGUCUGGGGUAAAAAGAAGCAAAGAGAUAAAAAGACACUUGGUUACUCCGAAUCAGACUUGAAUAGACGUGAACGCGACCGAAAGAAGGAAGCCGAUGAAGAAUUAGCAAAGUUAAAUAAAAGAAGAGCUGAGCGCGAGCGUGAAAUUGAAGAACGUGAGGAAGAACAGGCUCGUGUACAAAGAGAUGCUGAAUUAGCUCAAAUGGGUGAUUGGGAGGCAAAAGAAGAGGAAUUUCAUUUGGAACAAGCAAAAACAAGAGCUGCUAUUCGUAUCCGUGACGGUCGUGCAAAGCCAAUCGAUAUUUUAGCAAUGAAUUUACGUCUCGCAAAUGAGCCAGAUAAAGUGGAAGAGGAUGUUGAUUUGGAAAUAGAUUUAGACGAACCUUAUACCAUUUUUGACAAUUUGUCAUUGGCUGACACCGACGAGCUACACAAAGAUAUUCAAAUGCAUCUCGCGCUCGAAAAGAAUCCCAAGACACUCGAAUUUUGGCGUGCCAUGAUUGUUGUCGCUGAAGAUGCGCUUGCCAAAAUGAAGGAAAAUGAUGAACGUAUACAAGCUGGUAAAUUUGCCAUCACUGUCAAUCAAGACAUUCACCGUAUUUUAUCCGGAAAAACAGUGUCACAAUUAUCAGUGCUUCAGGAUCAAAUCAUGCGUAAAUUACACUCAAACGAGCCAGUGGAUGUGGAAUAUUGGGAGAAUCUUUUAAAAGAAUUGGUCGUCUACAAAGCAAAAGCUAAAUUAAAUGAUAUGCACCAAGAAAUUUUAGCCACAAGAUUACAACAAUUAAGAGAUAGACAACGCGAAGAAGCACUUAAAGUACAGGAAGAGCUUGAACGUGUAUUAUCUAUGCAGGAGACAGAGGUUCAUGGUCAAGGUGUUGGAGCUGGGGAAGGUAUGGAGUCCGAGCCUGUGGAUGAGGAAUUGACAGAAGCACAAGAUCAAUCAUUUAUCAAGGAUAAGAAUGUUGUAAAGAAGAAGGCAGGUGGUUUACUACUGGAAGAAUAUAGCCGUGCUAUGAGUCCUGAGCCUAUGACUAGUUUGAACAGAGAUGAUCGUGAACUGGAGAUUGUUGACCCUGUCGCAGAUUUAAAGGAAUUGAUGGAACAACGUCGUCGUGUGUUGAACAGUAUCAUUAUUCCCAAAAAAGCUCAACCAGAAGCCGAAGUUGUUGUUGAAAAGGUUCGUGUUAAGGAUGAAUCGAUUGCCUCUUCCGUCUUAUUCGAACAAGAAGCUGCCAAGGGUGUUGACGAAGAUGAAGAUUUAUUCAAUAUUGAAGCAGAACUUGCAACACAAACCUAUAACUGGCAAGAUAAAUACCGUCCACGUAAACCCAGAUAUUUCAACCGUGUUCAUACGGGUUAUGAAUGGAACAAAUAUAACCAGACCCAUUAUGAUCUCGAUAAUCCUCCACCAAAGGUCGUUCAAGGCUAUAAAUUUAACAUCUUUUAUCCAGAUCUCAUUGACAAAUCUGUUGCACCUACAUACUAUAUCGACAAAGAUCCUGAUUCCCCCGACACUGUUCUCAUUCGAUUCCACGCAGGUCCACCUUACGAAGAUAUUGCUUUCCGUAUUGUUAAUCGUGAGUGGGAAUACUCUCAUAAAAAGGGCUUCAAAUGUAGUUUUGACAGAGGUGUUCUGAGUCUCUGGUUCCACUUUAAGAGACAAUUUUACAGAAAGUAAUCACACAAUAAACAAAGCAAAAACUUUUUCUUUUUCAAAUCAUAUAUUGGAUACGCUUGACUGAGUACCACAUCAUGUAAUAUUAAACAGUGUAUUAAAAAGGGAGUGGCCUCCGCAAUAAUUUU